UAUACAUAUCUACAUGUUACUAUAUUUAUAUUUAUAUAUUGUUAUUGUUAUAUAUAUGCAACCUCCAUCUAUCUCAUAUAACUUGGUAUAUAGAAAGUACCUAUACAAUGAACACCAAUAGUCCAGCACCUUGCCACACAAGAUCAUGGUCAAUUAGUGACGAUUCAUUGAGGAGGUAUGUGUUCUUUGCAAGUGAAAGCUGCAUACAAGAGUUGUUAUCUGCUUCAGAUUCCAACAGGAAUUGGAAUGGGAUGAAUAAUGGGGAUGGAAAUGAGAAUGAUGGAUGGAAAGUGUUGGCUUAUGAAGACGGUGUUGAGAUAUCAAAACGUCGGUCUGGAUCUGGUUCGUUUCACACUUUUAGAAGCCGAUGGUUGCUUAAAUCCGUUUCCCCUGAACAAUUCAUCACCGUCGCUAACGCCAUUGAUGCCGCCAAGCAAUGGGACUCGGAUUUGGUAGAAGCAAGGUACAUAAAAGAUCUUGAUGAAAAUCUUAGCAUCAUACGAUUAAGGUUUGGAGAGAGUUCAAAGCCACUAUUUCGUAACCGGGAGUUUAUCGUGUAUGAGAGACGAGAAACAAUGGAGGAUGGAACUCUGGUUGUAGCAGUUGCUUCAUUACCAAAAGAGAUAGCAGCAGGAUUGCAACCAAAGCAGAACAAUUCAAUUAGAGGGUUGUUAUUGCAAUCAGGAUGGGUUGUAGAAAAACUUCAUGAUCAUGAUGAUUCUUGCAUGGUCACUUAUGUUGUACAGUUGGAUCCAGCAGGAUGGUUACCAAAGUUCUUUGUGAAUCGAUUCAAUACAAAACUGGUUAUGAUCAUUGAAAACCUUUGGAAACAAGCCCAAGCUUGCUCUGCUAUUCCUUCAAUUACUGAUCCAUCAUGAAUAUUACUUAAAAGCUAAAUUAAUUGCUUCAUUUUUGCUUCUACUUUAUUUUCUUUUUUCGUAACAAAUCUUUGGCAAAAACCGAUAAAUACGUCGUUAUUAUUUUUCUUUCAUUUUUUAUCUACUAUAUAUUUUACAAACUAUAAUACUUAUCGUUAAUUGGUAUCCAUCAUAUCACAUGAUUUUUAAAUUUUAAUCAAACUAAUAAUUGUAUAUGGUUAACAAUGGUUCAUGAUGAGAUAAUUUCUAUUUAUGAAGUUUUAAUUUUCAACGCCACCUUGAGCCAAUUUAUAACCAUGUAUGUUUGUUGAUUUGAUUUUAAUUUGAUAAAUAAAUGAUGAAGUCAAGAUGGUUACCAAAGUAUAAGUACUUGAAGAAUGUUUCUUUUUUUAAAAACAUUAUUUUUUGGCUUAGAUAUAUAUAUAAUGAAAAUAAAAUUACAAUAACUAUUUUAUCUUUUUGCCAAAAGAAUUGAAAUAUGUAUAUUACAAAUUCACGGCAGCGUGUUGUAGCGAGCCGCAAGAAAAGGAGUUUUGCUUCUCAAGUUUCGUAUAUGGUGAUAGUGACUUAUUUGUGUUUUGUAAAUUUAUGUAUUUGAUAGAAUAUCUUGAAUUUAUAGAAGGUUGUUAUAUAAUUUCAA